GAACUCUUUCACAGUUUUAGGAUAGAAAUCUGCGACUCUGUGUUCGCCCGACGACGUUCCGGGUUGAUGGACAGGAUAGUUGAUAGCUCUAAGAAGCAUAGGUUUUGCUGGUGUCAUACUGAAUGUCGUGCUACAUUUUAAUGGCGCGCUUUACCGAGUAGGCAGUCGCAGCAGGUGUUCUCUAUGCAGUCUGCCUGAGACCUGAGAGCGUCAGUCGGUUGAGCUGGAGUUCUCGUGGCGGAGAGCAGAGCACCAUGUCAGGCAACCAGUCAUGCCUGACGGGCGCGGAGGACACGCUCUCUCUCUUGGUGUGUUUGUUUCAUGCAUGGGAGGAAUGGGCAGGUCUUGAUCAAGAGGACUACCUGAGUGUCUUGGAAUACCUGUUGUGGGUCUUCACACCCCUAGCCAUCGUCUUCAUUGUGCCUUUCCUCAUCGUUAUCUUGCUUUACCUCUCUAUACUCUUCCUUCACGUCUACAAGAGGAAGAACCAGCUGAAAGAAGCUUACUGUAACAACCUGUGGGACGGAGCCAGGAAGACCUUAGCUACUCUGUGGGACGGACAUGGAGCCAUCUGGCAUGGGUAUGAGAUUCACGGUAUGGAAAAGAUUCCUGAUGAAGGACCAGCUCUGAUCGUGUACUAUCACGGAGCCAUUCCAGUCGACUACUACUACUUCCUCGCUCACGUUAUCAUUCAGAAGGGACGGACCUGCCACUCCGUAGCCGACCAUUUCCUCUUUAAGAUCCCAGGUUUCAAAUUGCUCUUGGAGGUGUUCAGCGUGAUCCACGGUCCUCAGGAGGAGUGUGUUCGAGCUCUGAAGAACGGUCACCUGUUGGCGAUUUCUCCGGGAGGAGUCCGGGAAGCUCUGUUUAGUGACGAGACCUACCCUCUCCUCUGGGGCGAACGGAAAGGCUUUGCCCAGGUCGCCAUUGAUUCUGGAGUGGUGCGUUGUUUCCUUUUAAUUUAGUCACAUUUCAGUGCAGAGCGGGUAAUGUUUGAAGUGUUUGUGAACCAUCAACAGGCCACAGCAGUACAUUCCUGCCCUACAAGUGAAACUAAACUUACAACAUUUGACUGUCACAUUAUUUUAAUACUUUAAAACCUGACUGAAACUCUUCAGAUGCUCAGGACGUGUUUGAGCAGUCUUGUAGGGGUGGGGUCUAAAACACACGUGAUG